AUCAAGGGAUUACCUAUGUUCUUCCCUCAGCAAUGCUAAAUUUUCGUUGUAAACAUCAUUUGCAGCAGUCUUAAUGAAUAAUAAUAUAUUUUUGGAUGUCCUUGACAAAGUCGCAAACAUAGCCUAUAUAAACACCUUAAUCUAAUUCUUCAGACAUACAAAACACCCUUCAAAAUACAUACUCAUGGCUGCCCUACUUUGCAUUGUAGUUUUCUUGCUAGCUCCUUUUCUCUCCAACGCUGCUGAUCCUGAUCCCUUGUCGGACUUCUGCAUAGCUGACCUCAACUCCUCCCCCACGUUUGCCAACUUCCCUUGCAAGCCUACCUCAAAUGUCACCUCCGAAGACUUCUUCUUCGAUGGGCUGAUGAAGGAAGGCAACACGUCAAAUAUGUUUGGAUCAAAGGUCACACCUGGGAAUGUUCUCACAUUUCCCGCCUUAAACAUGCUUGGACUUUCAAUGAACAGACUUGAUAUUGCGCCUAAUGGACUGAACCCGCCUCACACCCACCCACGAUCAACCGAAAGUGGGGUGGUGAUCAGUGGUAAAGUCCUAGUCGGGUUUGUGACUACCGGGAACGUAUUCUACUCCAAGGUGUUGGUUCCAGGGCAGAUGUUCGUGAUCCCCAGGGGAUUAGUUCAUUUUGAGAAGAAUGUGGGGAAUAAGAAGGCAGUAAUUAUAACAGCUUUCAAUAGCCAGAAUCCAGGAGUAGUGGUUGUACCCACAACUCUAUUUGAUGCACAACCUUCAAUUCCAGAUGAUGUUUUGACACAAACUUUCCAAAUUGAUUCAAGCGUUGUCCACGGAAUAGAAUCCAAAUUCUGAAAUUUGGAACGAUCAUAUAUACUAUGAAAAACUUACUAUGAAGAUUUCCUUCAUUCUUUUUACGAUAUUAUACGUGAAUAACUGAAUAAGGAUUGAAGCUUUUAUGCAUAUUAUAUUUAUUAUUAAUUCAAUAAAUGAUGUAGUUUUUUAGCUGCUGGCAUACUCUUUGGCAAGAUACAUACAUCAAAAAAUAUUUGAGUUGUAUACGAACUUAUUGUUUUGUUGUCCUAAAAAAAAAAGAAAAAAAAAACUUAAUGUUUUGUUUCCUGAUGAAUGAAGAAAGCCUCGGUAGAUCAUCUAACACUAAUUGAACUUUAAUCCAUAAUUAUACCAAACUCACGUGGUUUCAUUCCUAAUUCCAACCCCAUAUCAGUUUACAAACCAAAUGCCUCGAUAAAAAAUAACAAAUUUAGCUUCCUCAAUUUUCACUUUUACUAUUUCUACUCCUUUUUUUUUUUUUUUACCGUGUAUGAGUACCCAAUUUUUUGCACUAAAAUUAUUAUUUUUUUGAAGAAUAAAAUCAAAUAUUUAGCAUAGUUUUUUUUAAAAAAAAAAAAAAUAUAAUCAAGUACCCCUUAUGUGAUACCGCUACAUCUCGCAAUUUCUACCCUUCUACCCUACUCAUGGAGUACCGUGAGCAUGAUACUCCAGGGUCAAAUGAUGUCAUUUAUUUUCUUGGACAUUAGGUAUAUAGUCAGCUCCCUCUAUUAUACCUUCCUCUUCCUUG